AUGAUCAACAGCAGUCAAGAAGUCCUUUCACCUGGAAUUAAUGAAUCACUAAUCAAUGAGACCACGAAGAUGGAUUGUUCUUUCAGUGAAUUUUGGGAUUGGUUCAAUAUAAUCCAGACCCCAUUCCUCUGGAUCAUCUUUGUGUUAAUCACAGUUGAAAAUAUUUUUGUUCUCAGUGUCUACUGUUUGCACAAAAGUAGGUGCACAGUACCUGAAAUUUACCUGGGAAACUUAGCUGCUGCUGACCUUAUUUUAGGUCUUUGUCUCCCUUUCUGGGCCAUUAACAUUACCAACAACUAUGACUGGCCCUUUGGGGAGAUACUCUGUAAAGUGGUGAACUCCUUUAUAUACAUGAAUUUUUAUAGCAGCACUUUCUUCUUGAUGAUGGUCAGUAUUGAUCGAUACUUGGCCCUGGUGAAAACCAUGUCUAUGGGCCAGAUGCGAAGAACCUGCCAUGCUAAAUGCUGCAGUUUCAUCAUAUGGCUUUUCACAAUGAUAGUGAGCUCCCCUAUGGUGAUUUUCCGUACCCUACAGGAGUAUAAUGAAGAGGGCCACAAUAUCACUGCUUGUAUUUUAGCCUAUCCAUCACCCAACUGGGCAAUCUUCACCAAUAUUCUCCUCAACGUUGUAGGCUUUAUGCUGCCCCUCUGCAUCACCUCUUUUUGCUCUGUGAAAAUCAUCCAUGUUCUGCAAAACAAUGAGAUGCAACAGUUCAAGGAGAUGCAGACAGAAAAAAAGGCUGCUAUCCUUGUCCUGGUGGUCCUUCUGCUCUUCAUCAUCUGCUGGCUCCCAUUCCAGGUUAGCACAUUCAUUGAUACCCUCUAUCGGCUAACGGUCAUCUCAGACUGUCAGACUAUAAAUAUUCUCAAUGCGUUUACACAAAUAGGAACAUAUAUUGGUUAUAGCAACAGCUUCCUGAACCCUAUGGUAUAUGUUUUUGUGGGGAAAAGAUUCCAGAAGAAAUCUAAGGAGGUCUACAAGGAAUGUUUCAAGAUUGGGUGGUGCCAAUCAGACUCAAUCCAAACAGAAAAUUCAGUGAGCACUUUGAAGACUUCCAUAUCAAUGGACCGGCAGAUAAACAAACUUCACAAGCAUCUGGAGUACAAUCAGUAAUUUGUUCUAUUUUAUUUUUAAAAGACUAAAACUACAGCUUUUCAUAUGUUCGUGAGCCAUUUUCAGUAUGUACUGGCUGCAGUUGGUACUGGGUAAGCCAGAGGCCAGUAGAAAAACUUUCACUUUUCUGGAGAUGCAGAGCAGUGAAGAGAGGGGAGUAGCAACUGGUCAUCCAACUUUAUAUCCACCUAACUCCUCUUCCUCUCUCUUGUCCCUAUAUAAUAAUAUGGAUCCUCAAAAAAUCCUGGGCCUAGAAGCACUCCUGUCCUUCUAAUGAGAGAGUAGUCACUGCCCAGUUUGGGGUUGGACAAAUUAUUGUCCCUGAAUUUUUGAGUCUGGCAAUGAUUUCUGUGGAUGAGAUCUAUGACUACUGAAGGCUCAUCUCCAAGUUUAGUAAGGAAAUUGUUUGUGGAUAGAAAACAAGCAGCAUUAUUUAACUCCCUUCAUUUUCUAUUUAUUCAAAUAAAUAAUUGAAGGAAGUAUUUCAAGAUUGUCUACUGUGAAACCUGCACAGCCUCUUGUCCAUAAACAACAAUUGAAGAGACAAAUUCAUUUGAACAAUAAUUGUAAAUUAUUUAAUAACAAUAGAUAGAUUUAAUAACAAUAGAUAGAAUAACAAAGGAUCUUAGAGUUACAGCUAGAAGGGACCUUGGGACUCCAAAUUCCUUGUUUUACAGAUUAGGAAAUUCCUAAAACUAAUAUGUGUUCAAAUUCAGAGCCCUAUUCAUUACACCAUGUUUCCUCUCAUGGAAAUGAAAUGUUGAAAAUGUUGUACAUCUUCAGAUCUUUGUGAAAAGUACCUUAGGGUAGAGGCAUUAUGUAGUUAUCAUGGAUUAACAGACACUACAGAAAUAACUCUUGAAACUUCAGGUUGUCUCAACAAAGAGCUCUGUACUAAGCAUUACAGGUGCUACAAAUAUAAAAUUUUAGACACUAAUGCUGUCUUCUUGGAUCUAAUAACUAUUAAGGAACAUAACUAAAUAACUAUAGUUCAAGUUAAAAUAUGAUAAGGCAUAUAGAUAUAACCAAAUCCACUGUUGCCUAAGCUGAGCCUUAGGAGCUGCCAUAGUAGUCAGACCUGUAUCCCUAAUUUAUCUUUAUCAGAUUCAUUAUAUCUUUAUUAAGUAGGAUUCCUAAUAAAGAUUUUUAUGGUGGUUUCUGAGUGAGCAUGGGGGCUCUUGAAAAGUUACCAAAAAAUGUAGUCUUAAAAAUAUAUGAGAAAUGGAAUCAGAAACAAUAGAGGAGAUCACAACAUAUUAGAGGUAGACAGGAAUGUUAAUAGGAUGGGAUUUUUGACUACAGAAUACUUAAGUAGGAAGGGAACUUAGAACAUCAAAUAUUAAAGAUUAAAGGUAUCCUAGGGACUAUCUAGUCUAAGACAAAACUUUAUUUUAUAGAUAGGGAAAUUGAGAUCCUAGGGAUAGAUUAACUCACCCAAGAUUAUACUGCUAAGAAACAUAUGAGUGUUAUAAAUAAAAAUAUGGCAGGAUUUCAGAGGAGGAACAGAUCACUUUGGACAGGAGCAAACAAGAAAGGGAGUUGAACCUAAAUUAAACUUAAUUUUUUGAUAGGUCCAUGUAUUUACAAAAUUCAGUCAUGAAUCACAAAGGGUGAAUUGCUUUAUGAUAUAAAGUCCCUUUUCUUUUGAUGCCCUUGACUGCCCACCUGCUCUAGUAGCUGGGGAAGAAAUAAUAAAAAUGAUAAUAAUAGUUGUUUUACAUAUCUCUUUGUAAAGAAAAGUGAUUUCACAGACUUUAAGUAGAAAUAAGAAGUAUCUUAACAUAUUUAACAUGUAUGGGAUUACCUGCCAUCUAGAGGAGGGAGUGGAGGGAAGGAGGGGAAAAGUUGAAACAGAAGUUUUUGCAAGGGUCAAUGUUGAAAAAUUACCCAUGCAUACAUAUGUUUUGUCAAUAAAAAGCUAUAAUAAUAAAAAAAAAGAAAUAAGAAAUAUCACCAAAACAGUAUUAAAAUGUAUAUAUUUCCAUGAUGUAUACACGCCAACAUACACAUAUAUUGAAUGCAUUUUGAAGGGAAAGGCAGAAAAAAAAAGGAAGUAGAGUUAUUUGUAGAACAUUUCAUUAAAAGAGCACAUAUAAGCCAGCAAUGGAAUGGUUCUAUAAAUAUCUCCUGAGAAGUUUGAGAAGCAUCUGCUUCCUUUCUUUCUUUUCAAACAGUGUCACAGGGUAACUAGCCCUAGGCUCUAAAGCCUUACAGCAGAUGCAACUAUUCAGACUGUCAUGCACCUGAUACAAGUGUUUCUGUAAAGGGGAAUGGAAAAGAGAAUUAUGAUUAUAUAUUGUAUGUAUUGAUGUUGUGAUAUAAAUAACAUUGUGUCUUUCAAAAAAUCUGAAAUGGUAUUUCAAUGUAAAAAUAAAAUCAGCUUCACAUACAAGGAAUAAAUGUAUGAAUGAUGUAAACAUGCAA